GGUCAGGUAGACUCCAACAGUGUACGUGCGUGCAUGCGCAGUUCACGUUUUGCUAAUCGAGGUUGCUCCAAUAAAUUUCGCUCUGAUCAGCCACUCAGAGGAAGAAAAAUCACUGACAUCAUCGAGAGCCAGCAUUGUGGCUGCCGUGAGUACAACUUCGAAAUCUUGAUUGGUUGAAGAAGCAGUACCACUAGAAUUAGAGAAUGAGAUAAGAGUUUAAGUUUCACCUGCUAGUACGAUUGAUCCUGAAGACCGUGGGCAAACAACUGCUGCCACCCCCCCCCAACCACCAAAAAAAUCCACAUAUCUGAAAUAAAAGCAAUGCAGCAAAGUGCCAUUUACUGACCUGGCAGAUUACCACAAGUAGAUGAGUAAAUGAAUUUAAUUUAUUGUCAUUUCAUUGGGUUGAUGCCACGACGUUGGGGAAUUAGGGGAACACUUGGUAGCCUCAUGCGGUUUCCCAUCGACGUUCUAACCAGGCCUGAACGAGCUUGUUUUCCAAAAUCAGGCAUUCUUAAGAGUGCUACCAAUGCACUGAACCGUACGCGUGAGUAGGUUUGACUGACAUAUUGACAAUGGGGCCACAUUUGGACAUUUUCCUUCACUUGCAAUCAAAGUUAGCCCGAUUGUCGUAUGGCUCGAAAAGAUUGUCUCGAGCAAUUAUCCUGUGGUGUGGGGUGGGAGGGAUUUCUUCUCCUCGAACUGGAAAAUCAUUGGGGGGCCAGCUUUCGUAAAUGGUACAUGUUCAGUAUUUCCGGCGGCAUAUCGUUAAGUGUGUGGUCGACACUUGGAAGUUCACUCGGACCCCCAAAUCAGUGAUUGUGAUGUGAAACGGAAUGAUAGCGUUUUGUGUGUGUGUGUGUGUGUGUGUGUGUGUGUGUGAGUGUGGAGUCACUCACAUAGUUACAAAUGUGUGAAACUUUCUCAUUGCUGAAGUGAUCUCAGAUAAGAUUGACUCAUCUGGAAGCAAUUACAAGUGAAGUAAUGAAGUGAAAGCGGAUAAACCAAAUGGCGGCAAGUUUGUUUACCCAGUCAUGGCAUUUUGAAGCCUGAAAAUGGAUUUUAAAUUCUAACUUGGAAAUCAUCUUUUUGUUUCUGCCAAUACGGACAGACUUUCGUUUGCACGAGUGUAACACGUUUUCACAAUGUCAGAAGACUAUCCGUGCUUGACAGAAAUCAAGCCUGUCAAUCGCGUAGAAAUAGAUAAAGUUAAGUCAAGAAGAGAAGAAACUGCAAACACACACAUGCAAGCGCACACUUGGCCAGAGGCACUUGACUUGAGAUUGCGUGGAAGCAGUGGACUUGUCACAGAGCGCGUUAAGAAGACACAGUGGGCUGGUGUUGUUGUGACUGUGACGUCAAUGGAGGCUACAAUGAGAGACGACAUGCGCUUAAAAGCGGUGUGGAGGCUUGUGGUUUGCUGCACGGACCGAUCCACAAAAGCCAGAGGACACCACCAUGUUGCCUUUGAGCCUCACACCCUUAGCUCUUUUACUGCAAGUGGUCGUGGUUUAUGGGAUCAACUGGGGCUAUACCAGCCGAGAUGGAGAAAGCCACUGGAACCAACACUUUCCCUACUGUGCUGGGCCUUCGCAGUCUCCAGUUGCCUUCAAGACAGCGAAGCUGAUCUUUGAUGCAUCCUUACGCCCAAUUGUGCUUGAGAACUAUGAUUUGACGGGCGGACGUAAUCUGAAUCUGACAAACAGCGGACAUUCAAUCCAAGUAGUUCUUCCCUCAAUGAUGACCAUCUCCGGCCUCCCUCAACGCUACACUGCAGCUCAGCUCCACAUUCACUGGGGCUCCAAAACCAGUCCUCUUGGUUCUGAGCACACGGUUGACAGUAAGCAGUAUGCUGCAGAGCUGCACAUUGUACACUACAACUCAGAAAAGUACCCCAACGUAUCCAUGGCUUUUGACAAAUCUGACGGUCUGGCUGUACUGGGCGUUUUCAUCGAGAUUGGGUCCUUCAGUCCAGGCUACGACAACAUUUUUUCAUAUCUCACUCAAAUCCCCAAGAAAUCAAACAGCCACAACAUUCCGGCUUUUGACAUCAGAGCGCUGAUGCCUCAGCGUCUGGAUGAGUAUUUCCGCUACGACGGCUCUCUGACGACACCGCCUUGCUAUCAAAGUGUGCUGUGGACGGUGUUCAAGAAUCCUAUCACCAUCUCUCAAGCUCAGUACGACACCUUGACGACAACCUUCUUCGCCUCCUCGGCAAACCAAGCCAUCGCCGUGCCGCUCAUUAACAACUUCAGGAAGCCACUCCCUUUUGAGAACCGCGUUGUCCUGAGCUCCUUCAAGCAAGGAGUGACGACCUAUAUGUCGACCACGUGCGUCCUCAAACGGAAGGCAAUCGUUCGCCAAUUAUUGGUUGGUGAUUUAGAGGAGGUCAUUGAAAGCGGGCUCCUAUCUGCAAGUUCCACCAAGUUGCUCUUCCAGGAGUAUGCGCAAGCCGAAUUGAAGAAACCCAUCCAUGGAUUUACAUCAUCUGCCAGUGUAUCAUCCAAAUGGCUAUCCAUGUUGAAGGAGAUCUCUCAGCCGACAGUGGCCUUUGGCUCAUUGCUGAAGCAGAAGUCCCGGGAGAUCCAACAGUCCACCACCACCAAGAGCCUGGCUCUUUCUUUGGCUGAGGCUGUUCUCCCGAAGCUCAACCUCAACAGCUACCUGGCCUGCAAGGCAGACCUCGCUCCCGCAACCAUCAAGUACAUACUCAGUGGACGGCCCCUGGGGAACGAAUAUGAGGAUUUCUUCCUGCUUGACCCGUACCUUGAUCGUUACACAAUGCAUCCUUGGCUUAGGCAAAUUGAGUGGGAGGACUAGAGAGAUUUCCUCACGUAGUCGAGUCGCUUUCUAUUGCACACGUCAGCGUCAUGUUUGUCUAGCGUUGUGCAAGUAGAAUUUUAGCCGCGCUCCGCAUUCUCUGACCUGUCAUCUUCUGCUAAACUUUGUGAAUUCCAACUCAUGUUAUUGUAAUUAAAUUAUUCAUUCGAGUGUGCGCACACUAUCUAUUAUCAUAACAGUGAUUCACUUCACACUUGCCUGCGUACCAACAUUAGUGACAGCCGCAUUGGCUUGUCAUUCUGACAAAGUUUGUUUCUAUCAAAUUUGUGAUUUAAAUUAUGCCAAAUAAGGUAUGGACUUUGGAUCCCCGCCUUCAUAUUUUCUUUGAAAAGCUUUAAAUAAACUAUUUUUAAAAAGU